UGUAACAGAGAGACAAGGAAGCAGGCCAGGUGAGCAUUGGGAAAGUGUGACACAAAGAGAAGGAAGGAGACCUGCUAAACUGGACUUACUGUUCAUGGAUUUGGGGAUGGGAAAGACAGGAAUCCUUUUUCUUAUCGUAUGGGCCUGCUGCGGUGCAGAGCGCCAGUACUUCCACCAGAAGAACGCCUCCACCUGGGAGGAGGCUCGGAAACACUGCCAGAGCUGCUACAAAGAGCUUGUCAGCCUCACUGCCGACAAUAUCCAGUUCCUGGCCCAAAACCUAGAUGCAGACUACUGGGUUGGCCUGCGCAAGAAUCUCAGCGAUUCCAGGUGUUGGUCUCGAUGGUCCAAUGGUGACCCGCUGACCUUCCAGAACUGGUAUCCAGGCCGGCCCAAACUCCCAAAACCAAACAUGUGCGCUGUCAACCUUGGAGAUUCCUGCAGUAAUAUCAAUAUCACCAAGCAGAGUUAUUUGGCAGAUGAUGUGUGCAUGAUCCAGGUGGAUGAAUUCUGUAUGAACACCACCGGUGUAACACGUGUAUACCCCAUGUGCAUCCCACAUGUGGAAGAGGAAGUGGAGCCCUCGGAGAACUCUUGUGUGACCCUGCUGAGUUCUGGCAUGUGGAUUGAGUUGAGCUGCGAUAAACCCUUACCAUAUAUCUGUUAUGAAGACCGUUUCUAUGCCAACGCGACAGUCUCCAAUGUGACUGUGGACAGCAUGACAGUGAGCUGGAUGGCUGGGCCUGGAGACAUAAAGUUAUACAGGGUAGAGGUCAGAGGAGACAUUCACUUGACAGAGAACACAACCAAUCUCACCAUGAACUUCUCUGAUCUCACAUCAGGCACAAAGUACAGAGUCCAGGUGUUCCCUGUGAGGUGUGAUAGAGAUCUCAACCCAAAGAAUGUCACAUUCUAUACUGAGCCUAAAUGUGUCAGAAAUCUCACUGUCAAUGUUACAAUUGACUCUGCCUUCCUCUCAUGGGUUCAACCGGUGGGAAAUCAUAGUUUUUACAAAGUGACGGUGAAUGGUCACUCUAGCCUCCCCCGACACUAUAAUGAAAAUAUCCAGAUUGAGAAUCUCAGGCCGGGAGAGAACUAUACUUUUAUUGUCAACGCUGAAGUGGAGGACCAGUCACGUUCAGGAGACACUGUCUCGACCUCAGCCUACACCAUACCAGAUAAGGUAAGCCAGUUGAAUGCCACAGAAGACAAGGGCACCAUCACGUUAACAUGGAUGCCACCAGAGGGAAGCAGCUGUUGUUACAGAGUAUGUGUCCAAGAGGAGAAGAAAUUGAUUUAUUUCAACAAAACCUUUUUGGGCACCAAUCUUACUCUGAAAAACCUCACUGCGGGGACUGAGUUUCAACUGACUGUGGCAGCACUAGCAGGGCUGAUGCCAAAUGACUUAGUGAAGGGAGAGGCUGUUACAAUCAUGUAUACUACUGUACCAUCCCCUGUGUCCAAUCUGACUUUGAAUAGUAGCAGUGGCUGUAUCACAGCUGUGUGGAAUCACCCAGUUGAAAACUUCUAUAGACUCAAGUUAGGACAAGGACCUGCAGAUUUCACUGAGAUCACCACCAAUGAAACAUCGCACACAUUUAAGAACCUGAAGUCAGGCGUGCCGUAUAAUGUAACCGUCUACACAGAGUUGACGAACAAAUCUCUGCUGAGCGAAGGUGUAUCCAAAUGUAUAUUUACCUUGCCACUGGCACCAGAAAGGAUUUAUGUUACCAGUUACAACAUGACAAGCAUCAGCCUGAAGUGGGAUGUCCCAAAGGAGUUGCAAGACAGUAUGGUAAACUAUGAAGUGAAGUUUACUGCUGACUUCUGGAAACACACGGAAAGGAUGAAUGUAACGGAAAGAAAUGUGACGUUCAAUGCGUUAAAACCGGGAACAAAAUAUACAUUUGAAGUAAAAACUUUGGCAGGUGUCCUUGAGAGUGAAUCCAUCCCUACUUUUGCUUUCACAGUUCCCAACAAUAAGACUUUGAUCCUGAUGAUUCAAUGUUCUUCUGUAAAACAAGAGGACUGUGAGAAUAAGACUAAAAUCCUUGAAGAUCUGAAAAACAUUGUAAGGAAAAAACUGCAAGACCAAGUAACCUGGAAUCUAGAAUUGAAAGAAAAGUGAAUACCCACUUCUUCACACAUGUCCACAUACAGAAACAUGCUCACCUUCUACUGGACACCAAUGAGUUUUAAGGUUUUAAGCAGCUAAGACUGAGCUGACAUACUCCUUUUUAGUAGGGGUUCUCAAAGUUGGUCCUGGGAGCUGCCUUGUAUGCUGUUUUUUGUUCAAAUCCCAGGAUUUAAACAGGCUGUUAAUUUCUGUAAAUUAGGUACUUCAUUCAUUCAUUCAUUCAUUCAUUCAUUAUCUUAACCCGGUUAUCCUGAACAGGGUCGCAGGGGGGCUGGAGCCUAUCCCAGCAUACAUUGGGCGAAAGGCAAGAAUACACCCUGGACAGGUCGGCAGUCCAUCGCAGGGCACACACACCAUUCACUCACACACUCAUACCUACGGGCAAUUUAAACUCUCCAAUCAGCCUAACCUGCAUGUCUUUGGACUGUGGGAGGAAACUGGAGUACCCAGAGGAAACCCACGCAAACAUGGGGAGAACAUGCAAACACCACACAGAGAGGCCCCGGCCAACGGGGAUUCGAACCCACUGCACCAUCCGUGCAGCCUAAAUUAGAUACUUCCAUCCAUCCAUCCAUCCAUUAUCUUAACCCGCUUAUCCUGAACAGGGUUGCAGGGGGGCUGGAGCCUAUCCCAGCAUACAUUGGGCGAAAGGCAGGAAUACACCCUGGACAGGUCGCCAGUCCAUCGCAGGGCACACACACCAUUCACUCACACACUCAUACCUAUGGGCAAUUUAGACUCUCCAAUCAGCCUAACCUGCAUGUCUUUGGACUGUGGGAGGAAACCGGAGUACCCGGAGGAAACCCACGCGGACACUGGGAGAACAUGCAAACUCCGCACAGAGAGGCCCCGGCCGACGGGGAUUCGAACCCACUGCACCAUCCGUGCAGCCUAAAUUAGAUACUUGUCAUGUUAUAUAUUACCCACAGAUUUACCCACAUUAUGUCUGAAAUUGCUAUGCAUUGCCAUGAAGAAUAAAAGUUCCAUAAUCACAUUGUGCUACACUGCAAACGAUUUACAUAAGCGAGGGGAAAAAAUAAUAACUAUUUGGUAGAUAAUGAAGUAACCAAAUACAAAGAAAAUAAUAAUGAGUGUUAAUAAGUUAACUACAUUGUGUUAAUAAGUUGAAGGCGAAAAUUACGAAAGAACUUAAACAACUGUGCGAGUCUUUCAUUUGAUCAGCUAAAUAUGCGGCCACCUAGGAUCAAGUUUGAGAACCACUGCCAUACAGCAAAGUAGAAUCAAAAGUAGUUUUUGAUUUUACCUUUUUUUCCUCCUUUUGUUUUCUGAGUGCACUGUCUUCUUUAAAAAAAAUAAUAGUUUUUUUAAUUUUUUUUUUAACAUUAACAGUACAUUUAGGGCCAGUUUUACAGACACAGUUUAAGCCUAGUCUUAAACUAAAUGAAAAUUAAUGGAGAAUUGAGAAUUUGAAUGGAGAAUUAUCGAUACAAAAUUUAGUUCAGGACAAAUCUUAAUCUGUGUCUGUGAAACCAACCAUUUAAGUUUUAGCUUGUUUACCUUUUUAAAAUGCAAUGAAAAUGGAUUGUGGAAAACAAUAAACCAUUUGAAAUCUUAAAUUAGCAGUGACAGCUUAUUAUUCAAUUAUAACUAAUCAAAAAGAGAUUAAAAUACAACUCUGAUGACAUGUCUGCUGGGAACACAUUAUCUUGGAAAUGUAUAUAAAGUAGUCACUGCAAAUGUUCUGGACAAAUCCAUAAUAAGUUUCUUAUGUGUGAAUAAACAUCAUUUUCAUCUGG